AUGGCUGCGGAAAAUACCCCAGACGAGCCGCAUACGCCUGCGCGCGACCCUAAACACGUCGACAAGGUAGCGAGCGAAGGGAAAGAGAGUGUCGAGCACGACUCGGACGACGACGACGAUGUCGACGAAGAGCCGAAGCUCAAGUACAGCCGACUGACAAGAGAUCUGGGGCCCGUAUACCGGAAUGGCGACGCGACAGCUACCUUCAUGGUCGCUGGGGACAAGAUGAUUGUAGGCACCCACAAUGGCAAUAUCCAUGCGUUGAGCAUCCCUUCUUUCCAAAUCCUCCGCACCUACAACGCGCAUCCUGCUGCCUCAGUGACAGCCCUAUCGGUAUCGCCUCUGUUGGCUUCGCAGCCCUUCGUGCCCACCGCCUCCGAUCUCCGGUCAGCAGACCAGACAAAUGCAUCUUCCAGACGAACAGACUCGCCAGCAGGCAAUGCAGCCUCUCCUCGCACACCACGCCAAGCCCAGGUGCCGUCGACGCCCUCGAACCAGAUAUACAUAGCCUCUUCUUCCAUUGACGGGCACGUAUGUGUAUCGUCUCUGAUCGAUCCCAAAGACGUCACGCUACGAAACUUCGGACGCCCUGUGCAAGCGGUUGCGCUUUCGCCGGAUUACAAGAACGAUCGCUCUUACCUAUCUGGAGGACUAGCUGGCGAGCUCAUUCACACUGUAGGAGGGCCGACCGGUGUACGUUCCAACGCCAACACCAGCUCAGCGUCACAAACAGCUCAAGGAUGGCUUGGAGCGAUAGGUCUCGGUGGACACAGUGGAAAGGAUACCAUUCUGCAUUCCGGAGAAGGCACCAUAACUGCCAUCAAAUGGUCCCUCUCUGGGAAGUUUGUAGCUUGGUCCAAUGAACAUGGCAUUCGCAUCAUGCGCACCGAUCUCCACCUCGACAGUGCCGACUCCGAUAACGCUUGGAAGAGAAUUGGCUUCAUCGAAAAGCCGAAUCGUCGCAUAUGGCAGGAGAUGGCCGGCGUAUGGAAAGCACGGAUUGAGUGGGUUGAUGACAGAUCACUCGAGUCUGACGAUGAUGCUAUAAUGAGCAUGAAUGGCCACCACCUUGCGGAUAAAACCGAAGGCACAUUACCGCACAACCGCUCGCCCCAGGCAUCCAAGGACCCGAAGAAGCAGAACAAGUUUGAAAAGCUCAUCAUUGGAUGGGGCGAUGCCGCAUGGGUCGUUCACGUACAGCCUGGUGGACCUGGCGUUGGUCGCGAUGUUGGUGAGAGAUCGGUAGGAAGCGCCGAGGUGGUUCAUUUCCUUCGUUUCGACGACUGUAUUGUUUCUGGCAUUUCGCUCUAUACCCCUUCUUUGCUUCUUGUUCUUGCAUACCGGACACGCGACGAUGAUGACAAUCCAGUCUCUGGGCCCGACACGACUCCCAGGGGGGGAAGGCACCGUCGCACAAACGGUCUUUCUCCGGAGCUCAAACUCAUCGAUGCUGCAACUUCGGAUGAAGUCGAAGUGGAUUCUCUGACCGUCAGCCGAUUUGAAAGCCUCUCGGCUGCCGACUACCAUCUGGGAACCCUGUAUGUACCACAUCCAAAGACGAUGACUCCGGCCCAGAGGAGCGCACUGGAAGCCAUCGGGGGUGGAAUAUGGGAUGUAGGUGCUGCCACCGCACGCAUAUUCAGCUCUGGAGCAAGUGUAAUGAACCUUCCCAUUGGUUCUGAUAAGCCGCCCUCGAGGGCGCCGUCCAUGUCUUCAGCAAGCGCCGGAAAUGCCGCUGGUUCAAUAUCUGGCAAGCGUCAGCAACAAGUACAUCCGAACGCUGCAACAGCAGGCUUGAAAGUCUUCAUACAGAGUCCAUACGACUGCGUAUUGGCCAUUAAGCGAGAACUAUCAGAUCACUUCCAGUGGGAACUCGAGCACGAAAACUACAAGGAUGCCUGGGAGCUUUUGGAGGACCACCCCGAGAUCAUCGCGUCUGUCUCCCAGUCAGUCUCAGAUAGCUCCGAUCCCAGUACGCCAACAAAGCAACAGGGAAGCUUGCACGAGUUCUUCGCGGACGACAGCGCAUCCCAGACGACCCUAUCUGCCACAAGAGCGAAUCAAAACUCGACAGUAGAAAAAGAGAAGCGUCGUAUUGGGGAUCUAUGGGUACAACAGCUUGUUGGUUCUGGUGACUGGAAGCAAGCAGGCAAGGUCGCUGGUCGCGUACUCGGCACUUCCACAAGAUGGGAACAUUGGGUGUGGAAGUUUGCACAGACAAACCACUUCAACGAGAUCUCGCCCUACGUCCCUAAGAAACCCAUGCAACCUCCAUUGCCUUCGAUGGUAUAUGAGGUGAUUCUUGGUCACUACAUCAUACAUGAUCGCAUACGCUUCAAGCACCUGCUUGAGGAUUGGGAUCCAGACCUAUUCGAUAUAAAUAGUGUCGUUGAGGCUAUCAAAAGCAAGCUUUCUGCUGGCGAUGUCACAGAGGAAUCUAUCGAGGGCGAUAUACAAGGUCGAGACUGGCGGAUACUGCAAGAUGGCCUUGCGAAAUUAUUCCUUGCCAGUGGCAGACAAAGAGAAGCACUACGCUGCUACAUCCGGUUGCAAAAUGCAGAUGCGGCUAUGACUCUCAUACGGGAUUUCCACCUAGUAGAAGCUGUACGAGACGACAUUCCUGGCUUCAUCAUGAUGGGUGUUUCGAAAGAGCAGAUGAAGUCAGCUGCAGCGAAGCUGGAGGAAUUGGAAGAAGCCUCGGCAGAAGCCAUUAGUGUUCUCGUAGAGGAAGGCUGCCGUGGUACCAUUCCUGCGAGUGACGUUGAGAGCCAAUUACAGGCGAAAGGCCCAGCGUUCAGACCAUUCCUGCACUUCUAUCUACGGAAGCUCUGGAAGCCGGACAUGCAUGAACGAACAGCGAAGACGGCUAAAGAACGGGUUGCUGAAGACCGCCUGGCGGCUGACGGCAAGAUCGUUGCAGAAGAGUUUGCGGAUCUCAUGGUGGAGUUGUUCGCGGAGUACGAUCGACCGCUAUUGAUGGAGUAUUUGCGCAAAUCUCAAAGUUAUGAUCUGAGCAAAGCCACCGCCGAGUGUGAGAGGAGAGAGUACAUUCCAGAGCUUGUACACAUCCUCUCCAAGACUGGUCAAACUAAGCGCGCUUUGUAUUUGAUCAUUGAGAAACUCUCGGACGUCAGCUUCGCCAUCUCUUUUGCCAAGGAGCAAGAUGAUCCUGAACUCUGGAACGAUCUCUUGAAUUAUUCCAUGGACAAACCUCACUUCAUUCGCGGUCUGCUUGAAGAAGUCGGCACAGCAAUAGACCCCAUCAAACUCGUCCGCCGUAUUCCCGAAGGCCUCGAAAUCGAAGGGCUAAGGGACGGCAUAGGCCGCAUGGUGCGCGAGUACGAAAUCCAACACUCCAUCUCAGAAGGAGUUGCGAGAGUCCUUCGGGGCGAAGUAGCGGCCGGUAUGGACACGCUACGUGCUGGCCAAAAACGGGGUGUCAAGUUUGAAGUCAUACCAUGUGACGGCGAAGGUCACGAGAACCAUCGCCACGCAAAAGGGCAAAUCGACAUUGAGCCCAAAGGCGUCGAUCCGGCAACCGCAGCAAAAGCUACAGCUAAAGCUGACAAGAAACCUACAGCUGUAUCCUCAACAACUACGGCACCGAACCUCGAUCCCGCUCCUGCCGAAGCGCCUCAGGGCGAAGCCCCUCCUGGCCACUGUGUGGGAUGCCACCGUCCCUUUACGCUCCCCACUGCCGAAGAAGAGGCCGCCACCGUCGAAGGUGGGCCUAUGCCUCUGUCUCGCGACACGCUUGUGGGGUUUGCAUGUGGCCACGUCUUCCAUCUCACUUGUCUACUACCCAAAACGAGUGCUAGCGCGAGUGUCGCAGCUGGCCUACAACAACAACUUGCCACUGAUGCCCAAGAAAGCGGCGGAAGGUGGACAAGAAGUGUGGGCGCAAAGGUAGCGCAUGCACAUGUUAUCAAGAGUGCAGUGGGCCGGGGCUGUGUCGUCUGUCGGGAACAAGAGGUAGUUGGUGAAGAAUAA